AUGUGUUGCGGUGAUGACGAAAAGGGCGACCGCUGUUUCUUCCGCGUAUCUUCACUCAAGUUUCACGGAGGAGAUCUUAUUGUAACGGCCUCCGGAACUCCCAGUCAUCCUGACGAUAUUAUCCCUAUUGGUGAAACUGAAUGGGGUCGUUGGAUUCCCCGAGGGCACCACCCGCAACCUUCGACAGCGUCUGAACCAACAUUCACUUGGGGAUCCGCACCGGUCGCCACAUCUGGCAGUGCUAUACCUGAUGCCGGUUCAGCCUCUUUUGAAGGAUCAGGUCCCCCUAGCACGACCAGAUCACCUUCGAUUGUGCUCGUAACAGCUGGUCUGCCCGGAACUCCUGGCAACCCACUAUCAAACAGCUCUUCUGCGGGGAACUCCUCCAGUUUGCAGGCAUCACGCAACUGUGACGCUCCAGUAGACACCAAGUACGGACUUCCAACAGCCUGUCUUGGUGAAUACUUCGGCGAGGAUCUCGAUGAUGACCUAGGGUACAACGAUUUGAGCGCCGAGAGUAUCAGAUUCGUUCAGAAGAUUGCCCCUCAGUUCAUCCAGGAAUCUAUCCUAGAGGAUUUCAAGUACGCCAUUGAUCCAGAGGACACCUUCUGGAAACAACGCUGGCAUCUCCACGGGCGAUCAUUCUGGUCUUUCCUAGACGUCAUCGCAUGCGCUCAAAUCACAUACAAGGAGGAGUUCUACAACGACUUGAUCAACGUGGAUUUACCUGGAUUGUCUUAUGGUGUUGUUACCAUCGGGCCGCGUAUCAACGUCGAAUCACGCGUCGAGGUCGAAGCAGCGGCUAAGGGCAAACUACUGGUGGGAGCUGAAAUGGGCCAUCAAGGCAACGGCAACUUAUACGCAGACCUCACCGGCGGACCAGACAAUGAACUAUGCUCGGAGCUGUGGGCUCAUCAAAAUGACGCCCUCAUCUACGACGGAGCUCAGCGAUUGAUGCACUACUAUGGCACUACCAUGGCAAAGCUCGGCGUUUCCAGGCUAAGAGUCGAAGCUGAGCUGCAUGGCCCAACCGAUAGUGUCGUUGUCGCGUGGGCUUCUUACUACGGUGGCCCCGGCCCUGAAGAGUACUACUUUGUUGCUGUUGACCCUCUUGGCGAGGUUUUCUAUCCUGCGGUCUGCGACUAUGUUGACGGGCAAUCGCCAAAGCUUUUCCUGGUUCGUGACCCAGUUGAGGGGAUCGAGACACUCGAGAGUCCUGAUCUCAUGUACACCGUUACUGGUGGCCGGGUUAGUGAUUGCUUUGCCUUGGUAUUGAUGCAGGGUGCCCAUGAGGCCAAGAGCUACCUCAACUUGAGUAAUUCUCUCAACAGCCGGGGCUGA